AUGGCUCAAAAGCAUUUACAUGAACUAUUGAAAGAAGACCAAGAACCGUUUCAUCUAAAGAAUUACAUUGCAGAGAGGCGAUGCCAGCUCAAAACACCCGGUCCCAAAUCCACAUUACAGGUUAAAAAACACAAACCCAUUGUUGAAAGCUCAAUCACAAAGCGUAGUCUCUACAAGCAAGCCUGUUUUUUCUCAUUCCAAGACUCACCGGACGUUAGAAAAUCACCUCCUUGUCUGAGCUUUCCGUCACCGGCGUCGAAAAGUCCAUGUCGGAGUCCCAGUGGUACUGUGUUUCUUCACAUACCAACCAGAACUGCUGCUCUGCUUCUUGAGGCUGCAAUAAAGAUCCAGAAACAGUCAAAAACCAAAACCCAAAUUAAAAAUCCACAAUUUGGGUUAUUCGGGUCGUUUCUGAAGAGGCCGAAAGAUCGAAAUCAGACCAAAAAGCGUGAAAUCGCAAACACUGAGUUCAGGGUUUCAGUAAACGAACGAGAAAAAUUCUCGAGAAAGAGAGAGAAAGUGCGAGAAAAUGUGGUGGUUCUGCACGAUGGAACAGGGUUUGAGAUGGGUUUAUCUUGUUCUUGUAAUAACAGCAGGCUUAGUAGUGCUGGUUGGUCUGAAACCAAUGAAGACAAGUCUCUGGAUUUGGACACCUGUAGUAGUUGCAGGUCAGAGAUAUCCGACGAAAAUGGUGGCUUCAGUUCUUGUGAAAAGCACUUCUGCUCAAGCCCUUUUCGAUUUUCUCUUCAGAGAAACCCUUCUUCAGGUGUCCGGACGCCGGAAUUCUCGACGCCGGCGACAUCUCCGAGUCGCCACCAAAAAGAGCUUGCAAAAAUUACAAGAGGAAGAGAAGAGGAAGAGGAAGAGGAAGAGAAGGAGCAAUGCAGUCCAGUAUCUGUAUUGGACCCUCCAUUCGACAAUGAGGAUGAUCGACACGAAGGUGGGGUCGAGGAAGACAAUGAAUAUGAUCUCAAAUGCAGCUAUGAAAUUGUUCAGAGAGCAAAGCAGCAGCUUUUGCAGAAACUGCGUAGAUUUGAGAAACUGGCCGAGUUGGAUCCUAUUGAACUUGAGAAAAGAAUGUUAGAAGAGCAAGACGAUGAUGAUGAAGACCUAGAGGAAGAAGAGGAAUGUGAAGAUGGCGAGUCGCCUUCACUAUGUAGAGAAGACAAUGUUGAUGAGUUUGUUAGAGAAGCAUGUAGCAGAUCAAACGCCCAUCACCAAAUGAAAACCCCAACAGCCAUGAAGAGGCUGGUGGCCGAUCUCAUUGAUGAGGAAAGGAGCCAACUGAAUGGCCUUGAUAAUAAUGAAGUGUUGGCCACAAGGGUUUCCCAAAAGUUGAAUGCGUGGAAAGAAGUAGAUUCUAACACCAUUGAUAUGAUGGUUGAUUUGGAUUUUAGAAGAGAGCUUGAUGGGUGGAAGAGGUUUCAGGAACAAGUGGGAGAGACAGCGGUGGAAAUUGAGAUUGCUAUUUUUGGGCUAUUGGUGGAGGAAUUGUCAGAGGAACUAGUUUGUUUAGGUGGAUUAUAGCUGCAAUCACCACAGAGUUUCCCUCUAGCUCUAAUAAUUUUUUUUUCUUCAUAUUUUAACUGUGGAUUCAUAGUCUGACUUGCACUGUGAAGGGAUAGGCUACUUAGUAAGCUUAGCCAAGAAAUAUCUUGGCAGAGGAUAGUAUAACAGUAUGUAUAUGUAUCAUUAUCUAUGGUGGUGGGUGUAUUUGUACUUGUUUAAUGGGACACAAGAAUACAAGCCUCUAUUUUUCCUGCUGGGAAAGAU